UGGCCCUCCUCCUGAAGAUCCUGCUAGUCCAAGCAAUUCCUCCUUUUUGAACUGGCUGCAAGGCAUUCUUCUCGCAGGAUUUCGGAGACCAAGUUGUAGGCCAGGUCGACAGCGUCUCUUGUGUUUCCCACUUAACGCACCUGGUUGGGCGUAUAGCGUGAAGCAAUUGACGUUCUGUAGUGAUAACUAGCGGAGUGAUCAUCCAUGGCGACAGCCUGCAACUUAGCAGGAGUGGCCAAGGUUCCGGCGGCUCUAGGUCUCUCCACUUCCCUUUCUAGGAAGAGGGUGGAGUCCUCGUCGACGUCUCUGAGGGUUUCUACUCGGCAGAGGGGAGGGAGACGAGCGUGCGAGCCUGCCCGGUGCGACGCCACUCAUCCAGCGGAAGAUCAUGUUGAGCAGGUCGACACGAGGGAGUUUCGCAGGACGUUGUCCAGGGGAAAAAAUUACAAUAGGAAUGGAUAUGGGUACAAAAAGGAGAUGCUUGAGCAGAUGGAUGUGGAGUAUACCAGCGACUUGGUGAAGACGCUGAAGGAGAACAACUUCGAGUAUACAUGGGGGAAUGUGACCGUGAAGCUGGCUAAUUCUUUUGGUUUUUGUUGGGGAGUCGAGAGGGCUGUACAAAUCGCCUACGAGGCUCGCAAGCAGUUUCCGGAGCAACAGCUAUGGCUUACUAAUGAGAUAAUACACAAUCCUACUGUUAACCAGAGGAUGACCGAUAUGGAAAUAAAAGAAUUGUCCGUUACAGAGAAUGGAAAGGAUUUCUCACCCGUAGAGAAAGGUGAUGUUGUUAUCCUGCCAGCAUUUGGUGCUUCCCUUCAGGAAAUGCAGAUUCUUGACGAAAAGAAGGUGCAAAUUGUAGACACGACCUGCCCGUGGGUGUCUAAGGUCUGGAACACUGUGGAGAAGCAUAGGAAGAACAUCUACACAUCUGUAAUCCAUGGGAAGUAUGCCCACGAGGAGACGGUUGCUACUGCCUCGUUUGCCGGAAAAUACAUCAUUGCCAAGAAUAUCAAGGAGGCCACUUAUAUUUGCGAUUAUAUCUUGGGAGGAAAGCUGGAUGGCUCCAGUGGAACAAAAGAAGAAUUUCUUGAAAAAUUCAAAUACGCUAUCUCUAAGGCCUUUGAUCCGGAUCGUGAUUUGGAGAAAGUUGGAAUCGCUAAUCAGACCACUAUGCUGAAAGGAGAGACUGAAGAAAUUGGGAAGCUAUUGGAGAGGACUAUGAUGCAAAAGUAUGGGGUGGAGAAUGCUACUGAUCAUUUCAUGAGCUUUAACACCAUUUGCGACGCAACUCAGGAACGGCAAGAUGCCAUGUACAAGCUUGUUGACGACAAGGUAGAUUUGGUCCUGGUGGUGGGUGGUUGGAACUCUAGUAACACUUCUCAUUUGCAAGAAAUCGCCGAACUCAAGAGCAUCCCUUCCUACUGGAUAGAUACACCGGAGCGCAUGCUUUCUGGGAAAAGAAUUGCCUUCAAGCUGAAUCAUGGUGAGUAUGUAGAGAAGGAUAACUGGCUGCCCGAGGGACCUAUUACAGUUGGUAUCACUUCCGGUGCUUCCACUCCCGACAAGGUAGUAGAGGAUGUGUUGAAGCGUCUGUUCCAGUUCAAGCGUGAGGAGGUACUUGCCUUGCUUUGAGUUGCGUGAUAAGAUGGCAUGUCCUAGUCUUAUUCUUCCUUCACUCUGGUGCUUAUCGAUGUCUUCCAGUCGUGUAGUUUUGAACCUCUAUUUCUCACCUGGGAUCUCCUCCGCGAUGGGUGUCGAUCUAUUUACAAAAUAGUUGACGGUUUCUUUGUAACAUUGGUGUAAAGUAUCUUCAGACAACUGCAACUUGAUGUUCGUCCAAGAUACUGAUGGAGCACAUUGAAGAGCUCAUAGGGGAUUAUUGAGUAAAUUCAUGUUGAUUUGUUAGGGUUUCUAGUCCUGUUAACAUAUUUCCAAGGAAUACAUUUCGAACCUUCAUGAUCUAAAAAUUAUGCGCAGUUGACGUAUUAGUAAAAAUAUAUUCUGCUAAGA